AUCUCACUUUCAUGCUCAAGUGUCAACCCGUCAACUAUCAAAGACUCAAGAACCUUCCUCACUCUUUCUUCUCCAAUCUCCACCUUCUCCUUCUUCUUCUUCUUUCUCUCUAUCUUCAUCUAUAAACCUAAGCGUUUCUUCUUCUUCUUCUUCUUCUUCUUCUUAUUAUUAUCUCUAACUCACUCACUCACUCUUUGAAAUGGAAAACCAUGAAGCCAAACACGAGUUCAAGGAGGUGGACCCCAUGCCAAACGUCUUCGACGCCAAAGGCUACAGCCUCAGCGGCAAGAUCAUGCUCUCUUGCAUCAUCCUUCUCUUCUUCAUCGUCGUCUUAAUGGUCUGCCUCCACAUUUACGCCCGCUGGUACCUCCUCCGCGCUCGCCGCCGCCACCACCACCACCACAACCUCCGCCGCCGUCAAGCCCAGCUCGUGUUCUACCCUGACCCCACCAACCCCACCACUCUUCAACAAGACAUCUACCCCGGCAUCUACGCCGCCGCCGUAUCCUUCAUCGCCGCCGCCCCACGUGGCCUGGAAGCUUCCGUCAUCACCUUGCUCCCUGUCUUCUCCUACGACCCCAAGGCCCACCCGGAAGGACCUCCGGAAUGUGCCGUUUGCUUGUCGGAGUUUGAAUCGGGUGAAACGGGUCGGGUUUUGCCCAAAUGCAAGCACGCUUUCCACACCGAUUGUAUUGACAUGUGGUUCCACUCUCACUCCACCUGCCCCCUCUGCCGCACCCUGGUGGAGCCUGAACCCGAAAACCAGACCCAGACCCGGCCUGAAUUGGUUCUGGUGGACGUACCGGAACACGGGUCGAGUUCCGGGUCGGGUUUGGAGACUGAGAAUCGGACCGGCCCAGAAGUUUCUUCGUCGUCGGUUGGGUCGAGGAGGAAGCCGCCGUUAAUCGGCGUGACAGUUGAGGUGCCGCCGAGGAGCGAGAGUUUCAACGUUGACGGCGACUCGCCGUCGUCUCAGUCGUCGUUCCGGUCGCCGAUGAGUCGGAUGCUUUCGUUGAAGAGAAUUCUCAGCAGGGAGUGGAAGGGGAGCGUGUCCCCGUCGUCUAGUGGUGGUGGUGGUUGCAGCUCUGUCUCUGCGGUGGAGUGCAUCGACGUGGAGCGAGGUGAACGGGAGGAGACUCAGUGAGUUGGCGCCGACUCGGAGUGAGUUGAGAGUGAUGACGUGGCAAAUUGGGGACAUGAAACGUGUUGGAAGUGAUGAGGACAUGACAUGAUGUUCGUGGCGGUGACUAUGGAUAUUGUUUUUUUUUUUAGCGGCGCUAGAAAGAGUCAAAGAGAGUGUGUAUGUAGUGACUAGUGAGUAAAGAACACAGGAAAAACUUGUUGAUAUUUUUCUUUUUCUAUUAGUAUUUUGUUAGUUUCAAAACUAGUAGUUAAGAAUUAAAUAUUAAAAUACAAUACAAUACAAAAUUGCCUUGUCUGUCAUUGUUAAUAUUCUUGUGAACAAUCCAGAUGAGGCCAUUACUGAUAA